AUGCCCACUGAUGAAACAAGACCAACGAACAGCGGCGACGGAAAGCCCUCUAGGAAAUGUUUGUCCGAGGAUGGUAGGGGUGAAACCAAGCCAACACCUGAAUUGAAACCCGGAGCGCGUUACAUAUACUAUCGGUUAUACACCAGAGAUGGUCCACUCGAAUCGUACAACCCCAUCUACUCCAACGACCACUUUAUCAGCCGGAUCGUGUCCUCAUCAGUAAGACCCCCUCAGACCGCCGCCUCUCUGUUGAGGCAUCUCUGCAAGACUGAGGGUUUAGCAUUACAAAAUUGCGCCUUAUUUCAAUCUCUCUCGGAAACGGCAGUUUUAGAUGGUUCAAUCCGCCUCUCGCUUCAGGGGACUACUGGGCCAGGCGCAUCAGAUCUAGAUCCAAUGGCGCUGGUUGUUGAUAAACGAGCCGCGGAGAGGAGAUCACAGCUCUAUGAUGUGUUAUUCGAACGUCGACCUCACAAAUUUUCAGUGUACUAUCGCGUUUACGACGACGACGGUGACAUUGUUUCAAAAACGUCUUUCGACGAGAACAAUCCCUCUUUGGGCCGUGUCAACACUCUUUCUUUGCCCCCGCCUCACACUGUGUCUUCCUUGAAAAUUUGCGUUAUCAUAUCCGAAGAUCUAUCAGGCCACAAUGUUCAGCUAUUUCAGGAUGAGGGCAGCGACUCUGCAUUAAACGACAGUGAUGCGCUCACCCUCCUCUCUGAUACGUUCCCAGGAUCUAUGGAAGACCGGCCUAUAGCAAUUACAUAUGAAACGGGAACGCAAGAUGGUUCAGGUGACAAGGAGGAUCCGGACGAGACACAACAGCUGAAGGAAGCAUUGGCACAGAUCAAGAAAGAAUUUGAAGAGGCAAAGCUAGCACACGCACUGAGGUUGACCGUACCUUCAACCUUCACAAAGAAACUCAAAGCCAGUUACAGUUGGUCUGCGCUCAGGGAUGAUGCCAGAUGGCACUCAAUGAAUGAGGGGGAUAUUUUCUACACGGAUGGUAUUUCCAGAAAGGAGACGUUGCGCAGCGGGACCUAUGUCCAAGAAUUGGAUUGCUACCUGGCGACAGACUCUUCUGGAAAACUGGCUUUUGUUUAUUUUGGUGACUAGAUGCAUCGUGAUCCUGGAACUUUAUCUGUGACGCGAACUCUUUCUUAGGUCAUUGUCUCGUUACUCGUUAAUCCAGUUCAAAGAUCGAAGGUGAGAACCUCGCAAGAAAAACGCCACGAAUUUUCCUACAAAAAAAAAUAGGCGGGAUCAUAUGGAGGUCAACGACAGUUGCUCCUACUUCCUACACAACAGUUGUGGGUUACCACUUAGUCACCGUGUAAUGCUGCCUUCAUGGAUGUGUCCUGAUUUUGAUGGAAUAUAAUCUAUUCGAGUACC